ACGGCUCCUGUCUGCACCUUGGGCUGUCAGAGGCUCCUGGCCAUCCUGGUGGCAUUCCAGCCACCGGCUUGAAAUCGGCUGCACCCAAGGCAGGGCCAGCUCCUCAGGCAGCAGAGACUGCAGGCAGCAAGUGAUCCCCAGGCAUAUGAGCCAUGUCUGACAAGAAAGCUUCCAGGCCCUGUCACCACUGCAAGAGCAGGUCAACAUCAGUCCCAACAGACACCUCCAUUAUCCACUAUGAGAAGUUCUGGCUGUACCGUCACUGCUCUUCGGUGCAGCAGCGGGACCAGCAAGCUCAGAAGGCUGGGCAGCUCUUCUCAGGGCUGCUGGCCAUGAAUGUGGUGUUUCUGGGCAGCGCCUUCAUCAGCAGCAUGAUCUUCAACAAUGUGGCCAUCACUCUGGCAGACGUCUGGAUCUUCCUCUCUAUCCUCAAGGUCUUGUGCCUGUUCUGGAUUAUUUACUACCUGGUGGGCACCAGCCGGCAGCCACAUGCGGUGCUCUACCGGGACACCCACGCCGGAGCUAUCUGGGUUAGGGGGUCAGUGCUGCUGUUUGGCAGUUGCAGCGUCCUCCUGAAUGUGUUUCAGAUUGGCUACAGCUCAGUCCUCGUCCAGUGCAAAUCCAAGGUGGAAAUUUUGUUCCCCGUCAUUGGAAUCCUUUUUAUUUGCACUCAGGCUUACUUUCUGUGGCAUCACUCUAAGGACUGCAUUCAAGUCCAGCACAACUUCACCAGGUGUGGGCUGAUGGUCACCAUAGCCACCAACUUUCUUGUCUGGCUCCUGGCUGUGACCAACGACACCCUCCACAUGGAGAUUGAGUCUCAGCUGCGCGAGGUGGAGCGGCGAUUCUCAGGUAAUGAGACUGUCUUGUGCAUAUGCCCAAACACGACUGUCUGCAGAAUCUUCCAGAAGGGCUACAUCCUGCUCUACCCUUUCAACACUGAGUACUGCCUGAUCUGCUGCUCCAUGCUCUACGUCAUGUGGAAGAAUGUGGGGAGACGCAUCAGCCACCACCACAACCUGGAUACCAAGCCCAAAUUCAAGCUCCACGGGGUGGUCUUUGGGCCAGUGCUGGGCGCCAGUGCUGUAAUCAUCGGGGCUUGUAUCUUCAUGAUAUACCAGAUCCAGGCCACCAGCUUAGACCCCAGCCGCCACGCCUUUGUGAUCUAUUAUUCCUACUAUAUUGUGCUCCUGCCCCUGAUGUGUGCGGGUGCAGUGAUUGGGACAAUCAUCCAUGCCUUGGAAAAAAAGGAGCUGGACACGGUGAAGAACCCAACCCGCAGCCUGGACGUGGUUCUGCUGAUGGGGGCAUCCCUCGGCCAAAUCUGCGUGUCCUACUUCUCCGUUGUGGCCCUGAUGGCCACCAAUGCCAGGAGCAUGCUAAACAGCCUCGCCAUGGCCUACUCUGUCCUCCUCAUCUUUCAGAACAUCACGCAAAAUGUUUUUGUCAUCGAUGGGCUCCACCGGCGGCACGUUGUAGCAGCAGCUGAGCCCAAACAUGCUGCACGCUCCGAGCAGUACACGGUGGCUGCAGAGCUGCCUGGGGAAGAGGAGACCACACUGAGCAGCAAACAGGAGCACAGCCAGACACCUCCUGGCAAGGAGGAAGACACUAAGGAAGAGCAGAAUCAAGAAGCUAACAGCCAGAGACGAAUCAGCAUGCUGGAGCUGGGACAGGAGAUCCGGAAAGCUUCCCUGUCCUACAUCCAUACCUACUCUCACCUGAGCUGGAAGAGAAGAGUAUUGAGGGAGAUCUCGUUCUUCUUAGUUUUGUGCAACAUCAUACUGUGGGUCAUACCAACGUUUGGGGCUCACCCCCUCUUUGAGAAUGGAAUGGAAAGGUCAUUUUACGGCUUCUCCACCUGGUUUGUGAUCGUGAACUUCGGACUCCCCUUGGCUGUGUUUUACCGCAUGCACUCAAUCGGGGGGCUCCUGGAGGUCUACGUGACAGCCUGAGCCAAGCUGGACCCCCCACCCCAGGGGCUGGGGAGAAUCAGUGAUGCUAAACAAAGAUGCAGUAAGCAGUAGAUAUGCAUAUCAAAGCUUCUAAGACUUUUUCCCUCCAGCUUCUGCUUGGACUUCUUGUACAACAUCACAGUGAAUUUAAGAGGUUCUUUAAUAUUAUCUUUUUCCACCAUAGAGAAUAGACUCAAAGCCCAUAAACUCACUGCUCUCAGGAAUCACACAUGCAGUCAGCAGUUUGCCAGUGGAUGCUGUUUGGCAGCAAAUGGGACUUUAACAACUCCUAUUGAGAUCUUCUAGAUAAAAAGAAUGCAAGGGCAGCCUUCAGCAAAAGCAAUGAAGACUGGCCUACACCAAUUCAGAAAAUCAAUAGCAAUCGAAAAAUAAAAGCUAUUACAUGACCUUGCCUUACUGAGAAUAAACACUACUUCUUCCUACAGGCACUCCCAGAGCCUCAGGUGGGAAUCACUAGGGAAGUACUGUGGUGAUCUUCACACACCAUGGAUGAUAUUAUCACUGGUGUGGACUAGCCAAGGUCCCAUCCUUGUACAAGGGCUAGUUCAAGAUCAAGCCACUGCUACAUCCACUGUGAAUCUUUCCCCACCCCAACACGCUGUCCCUUGCUGCUGCCUUGCACACUCACAAACCUUUCUCGAGGCCACCAUGCACAAAGGAAGGCAGCUGCAGUGAGGUGCCUGAUCAAAGACCCAUUAGGACAUGUUCCAUAAGGCUGCUUGCUUUGAAAGCAUGUGGGAGAGCAAGGGGCUUGUGACUAUGAGUCCUAAAUCCAGAGCCUGAUGAACCAAAAUAAAAGAGAUUGAAUUUU